AUGGAAGUAGGCAAUCUUCAUAAGCUUGAGGAAUUAGACUUGUCACAUAACAAGUUGAACGGCUUUAUUCCAACUACUCUAGGUGGCCUGAAUAAUUUGCAAGAUCUAUCCCUAGCACAUAACAAUUUGCAAGGAAAUAUUCCUGAAUCAUUCGGAAAUAUGUUGAGCUUAGUAAAAUUGAACCUUUCUGAGAAUAAUUUGUCUGGGAAGAUUCCUAAAUCUCUUGAGUUACUUAUUGUUCUUAAGUAUGUCAAUCUCUCUUAUAACAAACUCCAAGGAGAGAUUUCAAGUGGAGGAGUUUUUAAAAAUUUGACUCCUAAAUCUUUUAUGAUGAAUCAAGCUCUUUGUGGCAAGCCACAAUUUGAAGUGCCUCCUUGCAAAAGAGAAACAAGAAAAAGAUCAAUGACAAUAUUGCUUUUAUUAAAAUGCAUAUUACCCAUAGUUGUGUCAAUAAUUUUGAUUGUCUCAGGCAUUAUCCUUUUAAGGCAUAAACGACAACAAAAUUCAAGGGGUCUAGUUAAAAGGGAUUUAUCAAUUUUAGGAGUGCCCAAAAGGAUUUCUUAUUUUGAAAUCCAAGAAGCAACCAAUGGAUUUGAUGAGAGUAACAUACUUGGAAGGGGUAGUUAUGGUUCUGUGUUUAAAGGAAAACUUUCUAGUGCAUUGAUCGUUGCAGUUAAGAUCUUUAAAUUUGAUUCACAUGUAAUGUUAAGGAGCUUUGAAAAAGAAUGUGACAUAUUGUGUAAUGCACACCAUCACAAUUUGGUGAAGGUUAUAAGCUGUUGUUCCAAUGUUGAUUUUAAAUCUCUGGUGACGGAAUUCAUGCCCAAUGGGAGCCUUAAAAAAUGGUUAUAUUCUCACAACUAUUUUUUAGGUUUUCUUCAAAGGUUGAACAUAAUGAUAAAUGUAGCAACUGCUUUGGAAUAUCUCCAUCAUGACUUGUUAACACCAAUUGUUCAUUGUGAUUUGAAGCCGAGCAACAUUUUAUUGGAUGAUGAACUGGUUGCUCAUGUUAGUGACUUUGGAAUUUCUGAACUUUUAGAUAAAGAGGAAUCUAAGACAAACACAGAGACAAUACCUACUAUUGAUUAUGUGGCACCUGAGUAUGGAUCUUUUGGAGUUGUUUCAACAAAAGUAGAUGUGUAUAGUUGUGGAAUUAUGCUAUUAGAGGUGUUUACAAGAAAAAGGCCCACGGAAGAUAUGUUUGUUGAAGGAUUGAACUUGAAGAGCUGGGUAAGUGAGUCAAUGCCACAUGCAAUAAUUCAAGUCAUGGAUUCCAAUUUAUUAGAAGGAGAUCAACAUCAUAUAAAAAAUAUAUUGACAUCUACAACUUUUGUUCUUGAAUUGGCCUUGAAUUGUUGCACCAAUCUUCCAGAAGCAUGUGGCAAUAUGAUUGAUGUUGUAGUAUCAUUAAACAAGAUGAAGGGCAUGUUUUUGCGUAGACAAGCAGCAUAA